UAACAGAGAAGCUCAAGGCGGAUCAGCUGCUGUUCCAUAGACAAACAACGACGAUGCUGAUUCCUGUAUUGCCGCUCGUCGACAUCGAGGCGAAGGAGACGAAGGGAUUGCCUCGUGAAUCACUCUCCCACCUCGGCCAUGUCCUGAUCACAGCGACACCCGCAAACUACGACUCCAUCCUCGCCUACACUAAAUCCAACUCCCGCACCUACAAUAUCCUCAUCGACGCCUCCUCCGAGCUUUCUCCAGAUCAAGCCAUCACCCUUCUCGACACCGGCGCCUCGCGUCUCUUCGUCACGAAACUCGAAGUAGACUCCCUCACCGAUCUGGGCGUCACUCCGUCUCGUUUGGUGUUGGAGUGUGAUCAGGAGGAGGCGGCGUCUGGGGAUAUGGACCACUACAUUGAGAAGACGAGUGGGAUUUAUAUGAGGCCUGCUCAUGCAAGUCAGUUGUCGCCUGAGCUGUGUGCUACGUUGGCGAAGAAACUCGUGAAUUCUAUUCUUCCUACUGGUGGUAACAGAGAUUUCUUCGUCGCGUUCGAGGAGGAGGGACCGAGUCCCAAGGAACUCGUGGCAGCCCAUAUGUUGAGCAUCACCCCGAUUGUCAAGGCGGAGGCGAUGACCAACGACCCGAAGAAGGAGCCGGGGUUGUUGCCGAUCGCUAGUGCGAUUUUGAGUGCGGCGAAGACGGAUAGGCCGGAUGGGUUGUUUACUACACUUGUUGUCAACGAGGCUGGUGUUGCGCUCGGACUCGUUUACUCGUCUGAGGAGUCAGUGAAGGAAUCCCUCCGUACCGGAACUGGUGUGUAUCAGUCUCGUAACAGGGGAUUGUGGUAUAAGGGCGCCACCUCCGGCUCGACCCAAGAACUCAUCCGUGUCGACUUGGACUGUGAUGGAGAUUGUUUGAGAUUCACCGUCCGCCAAAAAGGCAAAGGCUUCUGCCACGAAGAAACCGAAACCUGCUUCGGCCCCCUCUCCGGUCUCGGCCACCUCGAGAACACCCUCAUCGCACGCCGCUCCUCCGCCCCCACCGGCUCCUACACCGCCCGCCUCUUUUCCGACGCCCACCUCCUCCGACAAAAAAUUAUGGAAGAGGCAGAAGAACUCUGUGAUGCUGAGGAUAAGGAUGAGGUAGCGUGGGAAGCGGCUGAUUUGAUUUACUUCGCGUUGACGCGUGUCGUUGCGAUGGGUGUGUCGUUGAGCGAUGUCGAGAGAAAUUUGGAUGCGAAGAGUAAGAAGGUUAGUCGGAGGAAGGGAGAUGCGAAGGCGAAGUGGGUUGAGGCUACUAAAGACAAAGAGACCGCCUCGGGUGUUGAGGAGGCGAAGAAGGAGGGGAUUGCGCCGCAGCCGAAGGAGGCGGUUCCCGCGGUUAAACCUGUUGAGAAGGUUGAGGAGGGGAGGAUCGAGAUGAAGCAUUAUGUUGCUGAGAAGCUUGAUGAGAAGGAGAGAAAGGCGUUGUUGCAGCGUCCGGUCCAGAAGACGGAUCAGAUCAUGGGUCUCGUCACUCCCAUUGUCUCAGCCAUCAAGGAGAAGGGUGAUGCAGCCCUCCUCGAAUACACCGAGAAAUUCGAUAAGGCAAAACUCUCCUCCCCGGUCUUGCGUGCGCCGUUUAGUGAAGAGUUGAUGAAGUUAUCGCAGGAGACGAAGGAGGCGAUUGAUUUGGCCUUCGAGAACGUGAAGAAGUUCCAUGCGGCACAGAUGCCCACCAAGCCUUUAGUGGUGGAGACCAUGCCCGGAAUCGUAUGUUCUCGUUUUGCUCGCCCCAUCAACAGAGUUGGUUUGUACAUCCCGGGUGGAACUGCUGUUCUGCCGUCGACUGCGACGAUGUUGGGUGUACCAGCGAUGGUCGCCGGAUGCAAGACCAUCGUAAUGGCAUCCCCGCCCCGUGCGGAUGGGAGCCUCAGCCCGGAGAUUGUGUAUGUCGCUCACAAGGUCGGGUGUGAGGCAAUCGUGUUGGCGGGUGGUGCACAGGCUGUUGCGGCGUUGGCUUAUGGAACUGAAUCUGUUCCGAAGGUCGACAAGAUCUUUGGUCCUGGGAAUCAGUUCGUUACUGCGGCUAAGAUGUUGGUUCAGAAUGACUUGUCUGCGCUCGUUUCGAUCGAUAUGCCUGCUGGACCCUCGGAGGUGUUGGUCAUUGCGGAUGAGAACUCCGAGCCCGUUUAUGUAGCGAGUGAUUUGUUGAGUCAGGCCGAGCAUGGAGCUGAUUCGCAGGUUAUUUUGAUUGCGGUUGAGAUGAGUGAGAGUAAGAGGAAAGCGAUCGAGGAUGAGGUUCAUAAGCAGGCGAGUGGGUUGCCACGCGUUGACAUUAUCCGGAAGUCGAUCGCGCACUCAUAUAUCUACUCGGUUAAGGAUAUGGAUGCGGCGAUGGCGUUCUCGAAUGCGUACGCGCCUGAGCACCUUAUCUUGCACGUCGAUAACGCCUCCUCCCUCGUCGACAAGGUCGAGUCUGCUGGAUCGAUCUUUGUUGGACAGUACUCCCCCGAGUCGUGUGGUGAUUAUGCGUCGGGAACAAAUCACUCGCUUCCUACGUAUGGAUUCGCGAACACGUAUUCGGGUGUUAACACUGGAUCGUACUUGAAGCAUAUUACGAGUCAGGAGUUGACGAGGGAUGGGUUGAUGGGGAUAGGCAGGGCUGUGAUGAGGUUGGCGGAUAUUGAGGGGUUGCAUGCUCAUCGUGAUGCCGUGCGAUUGAGGUUGGAGAAGUUGGAGAACUAGAGGUAGGAGGGAAGAUGGUGGAGUUCGGGUGAUGA